GGGCAUGCAUGUAUUACGCAGUACGUUCCCUUAAGACUGCCAGGUUUGCUGGCUUGGUCAAGGCCACUGCAAUUCCCUCUGGACUACCAUAAUUGAAGGUCUAAGGAGGGGGUUGGAAGCCAAUCUGCUGCUUGUGGAGCUUGAUACUGUGAUUCAUUGUUAACUGAGUGGACACACUGCCCAGCUGUCUGUCCACAAGGCGAUUUAUCUGGCCUCAUCACAUCAGACGCUUCCCACCAGCAACCACCCAUAACUCAUCCUCUGUUCUGAACCUCUGAUCUCCAUGAUCUGAAGUAAUCUGGCUCUACAGCAGAUUGCUUCUUGAAUUGCACAGUUACUCGGUUCAGAUCCGAUUCCAUUAGUGCUCUCCUCGCCGUUUCCACCCUAUUUCUCCGCCCUCAUAUAACCGAUAACCUUUUUCAGAUCUGCGUCGCAUCCUCUUCAUAACUAUAAGUUUCUUUUAAUCUGCUGAGAAUAAGUCGAAAAGCAGUUUUGAAAUGAUGAUGAAUCCUUACCUUAGUUGGGCCAUUGUGGUCGCCGUGGCCGGGAGUUUAGGCUGGUACUACAACAGCGGUUCCAAGUCAAAGACUAAAGCGCCUCUUAAGCCCAUUGCGGAGAAGCCGGAGGCUACUCAGAGCUCGAAGAAGCAAAAGCGGAAGAACAACAAGAAGGCUCCCGAACCUGCAACUGUCCUGAAAAAGGAGGAAAAGCCCGAGAAGCCCGAGCCUCAGUUGAAAGUUGAGGAAGUUGAUCAACCAGAUGAAGAGAUUGACAGGAAAGAACUCGCAAAGCGCUUCACUGCUGUGAAGACUGGGGCUUUGGCACCUUCUAGCACCAGCACUGGCAAAUCCCAGAAGAAAAACAAGAAGAAUAAGAAGGCCGCUGCUGGUCCGACUGCAGAUGGUAGCAGUGAACGCUCUGCAUCCCGUGUCUCUACUCGUGCCUCCUCUACCACCGGUGCCGAUGCCGAUGAUGAUCUCUCUCCAGCGGGAUCUCCGAUGGUGAACGCUACCGUUUCCAGCGCGGGGUAUGUCUCAGACAUGCUUGAAACUCCGGCGCCGGCCGCAUCGGUUCUCCGGAUUACGGGAUCCUACGAGUCGGAGCCAGCGAAGCAGAAGGCUCAGUCCUCCAAGCCUACGGAAACAAAGAAACAGCGUCAGCAGCGUCUGAAGAAUGAGGAGCGCAAGCGUCAGGUCCAGGAGGCCGAGCAGGAAAGACGUAAGUUGCUCGAGAAGCAGCUCCAUGCGGCUAGGGAGGCAGAACGUCGUGAGGCGGCGAAAACAAAGCCUGUUGCUACCACUAACGCUUGGGCGACAAAAGAAGUGAAAAGCAACGGAACCGAUACCCCAAAAGUUACUCAAACCGCCAAGGUGGAAUUGCUGGAUACGUUCGAUGAGCCUGCGUCCAAACCCAACAAGGAUGCUCCCAGUGCCUCUCAGGCUUCUAAGAAGUGGGAUCAAUCUAUACCAUCUGAGGAGGAACAGAUGCGCAUUCUCGGCGUGAGCAGUGAGAGUGAAUGGACUACUGUCUCAAAUAAAAAGACCAAAAAGAAGGGCGGAAAGAGUGAUGAGAGUGUCAGUGAAGCUAGCGGUUCGGAGAGCCUGCCUGUCCCGUCCGCCCCUUUGCCGGCCGAACCAAAGGUCACAGUCCAGCAGACCUAUAUCCCAGACAUUCUUCGCUCUAAAGUGAAGGGCCAUCCAUUGGACUCCGAUUGGGUUGCUUAAACCAACCUGCAUCUUUUUCAGUUUUCGGAGAGAGAAUCCACGGCAUCUUCCCGCUUCCUGAGAGCUCAACUUCUUAACUUUUUACCAUCUACGGUUCAUAACUGUGGUAUUUCAGUUUGAGAUCCUGAUAAAAAAAAUCCCACGAAGAGCGUGACUUUUCCUGCUGCGCCGUACGUGCCGGGCUAUUGUGACAGUCAAAAUACGAUACCAAAAUCAGUCUGCCCUUGAUUUCUCCAUACCUCACAUAAUGUCCUGUUCUCUUUUCGUCUUCGCAUCGCCAUCAAAAGUGGAAAAUUUGAUUCCCAGUUGCCACCGCACUUCCGAUGUAAUAUUGGCUAACGACUUACGGACUACGGUCAUGUAAUUUGUCUGCGCCAUUCUUGUCUUCUCUUCUCUUUUAUUUAUUUUCUUUUCUUUUCCUCGUCGCCUCCCUUUCGACUUUGCGGAUUGUGUGAACCUUCGGAGUGGUACACCAGGAGCGGCGGACAAUGGCUGGUAGAUCGGAUCUGGGCUGUGGAUAUGGAUUAUCUGUGACUCUCGGCGGUUUUGUUAUGCACGAGCGUCUGCGUCAGACCUUGGAUUCGAGUGCUAACUAUUGUGGACUGUUUUAUUAGUCUUCCUCUUUUUCAGUUCUGUUCUAUGUAGCUUUGCUUUCUCUGUGGCUAUUUCUAUCUGGAAAUGGGUAUUGGCAAAGACGGGAAACCCAGUUUCGCGCUGUUCUUUUCACAUGUACAGUAUGAGUAGGCAAUAAAUGCAGGGCAUCUGCAUGGAGGUGUUAAUAUUAUCGAGUGUUAA